CCGCCGCGACCUUCCCUCCCCUCCGACGCGGCCUGCCCUCCGCCCAUGUUUCUUGGACCGUGCUGUCGUCCCCACUCGCAAAUCGAGCCAUGGCCGGCGAGAUCCAUCAUGGCUCCCCUGCAGCAGCUAUUUUUCCAUAUGUAGUGGUUGCAAAAUAUCUACUAUCCCCAGUUUACCAACUAGUGCUAUUGGCCUCUGCAGCAAAACCUGAACCAUCUUCUCUUGAAUUACUCCAGCCUAACACACCCGUGAGAUCGCCUGACUACGACAACGAUGUGCAAGGGACCCUCACCAUGGGUGUCGCGGACGAGUACGUGGGCGCCGUCAUCGGCUAUGCCGGGAGGACCAUACGUGAGAUCGAACGGGUUACGGGCGUGCAGAUCAGUAUCUCUAAGGGGGAGCUCAAAGCUGGGACGAGCGAGAGGGAGGUGGUGACCAGUGGGACAUGGGAGGCGGUCGAUGCGGCGGAGGUGAUGAUCGUGCAGCGGGUCUUGGACGCCGCCAAUAGUUGCCGCCGGUAGCAGGGUGGCGGUGCUGUUGACAGG